AUGGAAGAAACGCCUGCGGCUCACAGACAGCAGGAGAGUGUCUGGAAAUUGACUGGGUUGGGUAGAAAAAAAGGAAAUAACCACCAAAGGGAUAGAUUCAAACUACAUUCAAAUACCUACGUACCUACGUACCUACCUACCUACCUACCUUCUUUCCUAUCUAUCUAUCUAUCUAUCUAUCUAUCUAUCUAUCUAUCUCACUUGAUUCUUAUCUAUCUAUCUGUCUCAGUUAAUUCUCAUCUAUCUAUCUAUCUAUCUAUCUAUCAAUCUAUCUAUCUAUCUAUCUCAGUUGAUUCUCAUCUAUCUAUCUAUCUAUCUAUCUAUCUAUCUAUCUAUCUAUCUCAGUUGAUUCUUAUCUAUCUAUCUCAGUUGAUUCUUAUCUAUCUAUCUAUCUAUCUAUCUAUCUAUCUAUCUCAGUUGAUUCUCAUCUACCUAUCUAUCUAUCUAUCUAUUCUCAUCUAUCUAUCUAUCUAUCUAUCUAUCUCAUUGAUCUUAUCUACCUAUCUGUCUCAGUUGAUUCUCAUCUAUCUAUCUCUCUCUAUCUAUCUAUCUAUCUAUUUAUCUAUCUCAGUUGGUCUAUCUAUCUAUGUAUCUCAGUUGAUUCUUAUCUACCUAUCUGUCUCAGUUGAUUCUCAUAUCUAUCUGUCUCUAUCUGAUUCUCAUCUAUCUAUCUAUCUAUCUCAGUUGAUUUUUAUCUAUCUAUUUGAUUCUCAUCUAUCUAUCUAUCUAUCUAUCUAUCUAUCUAUCUAUCUAUCUGGCUGA